UGUCGUGUUCUUAUUGCCGUGGAUUCCAAUGUCCAUCGUUUGAAGUCUGCGUGUCCUCCAAAUGCAAGGAUUGACUUUCUGCCCGUAUCUGGUGCAAAGUAUGUGUCUGACCGGAAGGGCUUUAGAAAGCUGCUGCAUCAAGAGCUGAUGUCAGGUUGUUACGACAUAUUGUACCUGCAUCUUGGCUCUAACGAUGUUUGCUGCAAGGAUAGCGAAUUCUACCGUGUGUGCACUGAAAUACACCUGGUGCUUUGCGAGAUUCUUCCACGUGAUUUUGAUGUGAGAAUGUUUCCCCGAUGGCCACUCUCAGGGGCACAGUUGAGGAACUACUGCCAGUGGAUAAGGAGCGCAAACAGCAUGCUGUGGGAACUGAGUCACCAUGUGCCUUCUGUGAGAUACAUGGACUAUGGAGCAACUAAACAGAAGUCCCUGUACUUGUCCCAUGAUGGACUACAUCUGAGCGCUGAAGGGGCUAGGAGGUGUUUAGCAUCCAUACAGGACGACCUGCCAAACCAGCUGUGUGUGGAGGCUGCUGUUCAAGAUCCUACAGAAUGGCCAGCUCUCUCAGCCACGGAAGUACCGGUUCAGGAGCAUGACAGCACCAUAGCACUCUUUUCGGAUAUUGUGCCGACUGGAGCUCAACCAGAGAUUCAAGACAAGGUGGAUGCAAGUGAAGUACCAGUUCCUAGGGACAUUAAGCCUCAGACACAUAAAAUAAAGGUUGUCACAGCCAGAGCUAAGAGUUCUGCAACCAGAAGUGUCAAAAGAUAUGGAAAGAAGUUGGCAAAGAAAUGCCACACAAGGUCAUGCUGCAGUGGAUUUGUUUACCUUGACAUUACUGAAGAUGUGGCUGUUUUCCUGCCUGCAUACAAGUUGAAUGGCUUAUGCUUGAAACGCAUGAAGAUGGAAGUCAAGACUGGUAAGAUUAAAAGGGAGAAACCUACCAUGACGAAAAAGAAGAACAAACUGGUCCCUUGCUACAAUUGCCCAAACUGCAUGGUGUGCUGUUCAUCUGAAGAUGCCCUGCUCGACCAUUUUAUAAGGAAGCAAUCAUCGUGGAAAGUUGAUAGGCCUGACACACUUUACAAUCAGGAAGAUAAAAUCAACGUGCCAUCCAACAUCCAUUGCCACCGAGACACUGAAGAGACGCCCCAACAAGAUGACAACGCCGCAAAUGAAGAUCAAGUCAAUGUGCCAUCCCACUUCUUGUUCCAACGAGACACUGACGAGACGCCCCAACAAGAUGUAGACACUUCAAAGCUUCUUCUUAUUCUUUCAAAUGACGUUGAACUUAACCCUGGACCGACUUUCAGUUGCAAGUGGACAUCAUGCUUCAAGAAAUUUAUUAAUUAUGGUGAACUUAGUGCUCAUAUUAUAUGUCACAUAGAGGGAACAAAUAGAGGCCAAUGGGAAGACUGCCAUGAAUGUUUUUCAGCUGUAAGAAGAUUUGAGCUGCAUCUUUUGAGACAUUUGUAUGAUAACAGCGAGAUAUUCAAAACAAUCGAUGAAUGGAAAAACACGCUACCUGAUGGGAAGAUCAAUGAACAGACAACAGAUCUGAAUAUGUGUCCGCUUCAUCUGAACAUACAGCUGAUACUAACUGAGGUCACUGGGGUCAAGGUUAACAAGCACAAUUUAGUGAGUCAUGUCCUCCCACACUGCGCCGGACACACUCAACGCCAACGACAGCAGGAUUUUUGUCCUCCCACACUGUACCUGAAAUCCUUAACCUCACCAUCAGCAGGACGUGGAGACGCGUAAUCUGCGACACUUCGCUUAAUAGCCUUAACACCACUGGAAGAAGGAGGUCGAGAUGCAAGUCCUCCAACACUGCGCCUAUAAUACCUUUAUCCCAACCAUCAGCAGGAGCUUGGUAUUUAUUUCCUCCCACACUUAACCUAUAUACCAUUAACCAACUUUUAUGUUUUAAGAUCCACUUUACUUCUAAAGAAUCAAUGCUAUAGCUCUCAAACUUCAAAUACUUUCUUACUAUCAUGUUGUUACUGUACCUGGAAAGUUGAAUUUGACCUUGAUAUUUGAGUGACAUUGGCUCUCAAGGUCAAAUUAAUAAAUUUUGCUUAAAUUGCGAUAAUUUCUUUAUUUAUGAUCACAUUUGAUUCAUACUUUGACAAAACAACACAAACUGCACAAGUAAUGCGUAUUGCUCAAAACUGUCUUGAUUCUGAAGUUGUCAUUGGCUUGCGGAUAAUUCCUGACACAAGCCGAUAAAAGUG